AUGGCCGAAUAUCAACACGUUUCCACUUUCCCAUCAUUGCCAAAAACCAAUCGAGGACUUCCAUUGGUGAUUAGUUCAACACCUUCUGGAGAUAAGAUUGUUUAUUGUAAUGGAAAUUCUGUUUAUAUUGUGCCAUCUGAUGUAAGUUUUUUUGAAUUUGAUUUAGAAAUGAAAAAGAAAUCAAAAUUAAAUUUUGAAAUGCUACGCUUAAAAAUCUGAAAUAUGACAAUCAUGAUAACUAGAAAACAUAACCAUUCAUUUUGAUUUAAAAAAAAUUAUCCUAGAAAUCAAACAAACUUCCACGCAUCAGAAAAAGCAUGAAAUUUGAAAAGAACUCUUAUAUUUUCCAGAAUCUAACCGGUACCGACAUCUACACCGAGCAUCCAGUUGCAACAACCGUCGCCAAAUACAGUCCAAGUGGAUUCUAUUGUGCAUCCGGUGAUCAAAACGGCAACAUUCGAAUCUGGGAUACCACUCAAACAACACAUAUUCUCAAAGCAACUUAUCCAAUUUUCUCGGGACCAGUUCGAGAUAUCGCUUGGAAUGAUGAUAGUAAACGAUUGGCUGUGGUUGGUGAAGGCAAAGAACGAUUUGGUCAUGUUUUCUUGUUCGAUACUGGUACCUCAAACGGUAAUUUGUCUGGACAAUCGCGUGCGAUGAGCAGUGUCGACUUCAAGCCAACUCGUCCAUAUCGAAUCAUUUCUGGCUCCGAAGAUAACACUGUUGCUCUUUUCGAAGGACCACCAUUCAAGUUCAAAACUGUGAGUUUCCUUCACUAAAAUUUUUUUUCAAACUGGAAGACUGUAAUUUUUUCCAGACUUUCCACGAACAUUCUCGUUUCGUCAACGUCACUCGCUACAAUAAUGAUGGAUCAUUGUUUGCUAGUGCUGGAGCUGAUGGAAAAGUUGUGCUAUUCGAGGGUACUGAAGGAACAAAAGUUGGAGAGUUGGCUGAUGACGCUGCCAAAGGUGCUGCUCACGGUGGAAGUGUUUUCGGACUCUCCUGGUCACCAGACGGCUCAAAAAUUGCUACAGCUUCCGGUGACAAGACUGUCAAAAUCUGGAAUGCUGCGGAUCGUAGUCUUUUGAAGUAAGCAUUUUUGAAUUGGGGGUAGGGUUACAUUUUUCAAGCAUAUGAAUAUUUCUGAAUCCGGGUUUUUUUUUCUGAAUUUCAAUGCCAAUCGAUUAAAAUCUAGCAGAUUGGGUUUUCUUGAUUUUUUUCUACUAUAAUUUUUCAAAUAUUAUUUUAAAACAAUUUCUGUUUUUCAGAACUAUCACAUUUGGAACUGCUAUUGAGGACCAACAAGUCAGUGUUCAAUGGUCAAAACAAGCGCUCGUUUCAGUUUCACUUUCUGGAUUCGUCAACUUCUUGAACGUUGAACUCGGAACUGUUGAAACCAUCAGACAAGGGCAUAACAAACCAAUUGUCGCACUUGCUCUUAGUCAAGACAAGCAACACAUUUUCACUUCUGAUUUCGAGGGUCAUACAACAAGAUGGGAAUUGGCAACUGGAAAAUCGCAACGCGUCAAACCAACACUUCACAAAUCACAAAUUGUUGGACUUGCACACGCUUCUAAUGGAAAUUUGUAUAGUGUUGGAUGGGAUGAUACUAUCAAUGUAGCAACAAUUGGAGCAGAUGGUGUUGGUGAGUAUUUUUUGAAAAUAGAUAUGGAAAUAGAUUUUCAAAAAAACAAGUUUUUUUCAGAAUCUGCAAAAGUGAACCCAACCAAGCUUCCAUCUCAACCACUUGGUUUAGCUGCUGCCAAAGAUGGUUCAGUCGCAGUUGUUGCUUGUUAUCAACACAUUGCUGUUCAAUCUGGCGGAAAUAUUAGUGUAACUGGAAUUCCAUACCACGGUGCUGCGAUUGCUCUCUCCCCAGAUAAUACAAUUGUGGCUGUUGGUGGACAAGAUUCAAAAGUUCAUAUCUAUAAACUUUCUGGAUCACAAUUAUCAGCUGAAAUCAAAACAUUGAACCACUCUGGAGCUAUAACUGCACUUUCCUUUUCACCGAAUGGCGAAUAUCUUGCAGUCACUGAUAGUGCAAGAAAAGUUGUUCCAUAUUCAGUGGCAAAAGAUUAUGUGUCAGCAUCGGAUAAGGAAUGGACAUUCCAUACAGCAAAAGUGAAUUGUGUUUCUUGGUCUCCAAAUGGAAAACGUUUGGCAACUGGAAGUUUGGACACUUCAAUUAUUGUUUGGAAUUUGGAGAAAAGCGGUGAACAUCCAAUUAUUAUCAAAGGAGCUCAUGCAAUGUCACCAGUUAAUGGUGUUGUUUGGAUCAACGAUACAACUAUUAUUUCUGCUGGACAGGAUGCAAAUAUUAAACAUUGGAAUGUUCCUCUCUAA